CCGCCGGAGCUCCUCUGUCCCAUCACGCUGUCCAUGAUGGGCGACCCCGUCGUCGCCAACGACGGCCACUCCUACGAGCGCGCGGCCAUCGCGACGUGGCUCGCGACCCACGACACGUCGCCGCGGACGCGCGAGCCGAUGGGCGGCGCGAACCUCGUGCCGAACCACGCGCUCCGCGCCCAGAUCGGCGAGUGGCGCGCGGCGCGGGGCCUG